UUCCGCCCAAUUGCUACCUCUCAACAUUUUAAUCAUCCUACUUUUUAAUAAAAUACGUUUUAUUUAUUUACUACACGGUGGUGCUGAAAAUGGGAGGGGGAGAAAACAACACCUGGAGCUCUUUGACAAACUAAUGAAUACCUGACACAUCUGCAGUUCUUCUUUAAAGACUGAUGAAUACAUGCACUCAGGUUCUUAAUUUGUUACAUGUUUAUCCCACCCAUCCUUCAAGGAAGAACUGCCCCUUUAAACUCCUCUUGAAUAACUAUCCAUAUUGGGUGGUAACUGUGGGCUUACUUCGACACGCGCACACUAUGGUGGCAGGAGAGUUCGUUCAUUCGAAAGUUGCCACCGGUCGAUGCAUUGCUGCCCAGCUGCAGGAAGCCGCACGCAUUGCCAGGAAAUUUUGGAUUUUUUUAAAAAAAAGUUAAUGCCGAGCCAUCUCAUUAGUGUGGCUUUCUCUUUGAAUCGCUUUUGCCUCAAGAGUCCCGCUAGCGUAAAAGCGCCCAGUCUCGGUGUCCCUCACGAAUCUCUCAGCGGGAGCGAAGGGAACCCCGCAAGGGAGUUACGCAUCGUGCAGUGCUUGUUUUCUCCUGACGCAAAAUAUCUGCGACGACAAAUGUUUGUGACGCAAGGAUGGAUGCGCCCAGUGUGUGAGGAAGCGAAGAAGGAGCACCACAAAGUGUCAUGGCUUCUGCAGCUGCUUCGGGUUCAGCGGGGCGGCGGCGGGCGACGCCAGUAGGGCAAGACGAGCUGCGGCGGCUGAUGCGGGAGAAGCAGCGCGAAACGGCGGCGGCGGGGAAGAAGAAGAAAGUAGACUCGCCCUUUGCCAAAUAUAAUGUUUUGGGGAACUUGAGCUGCUCCCUGUGCAAUGUGCCUGUGAAGAAUGAACUGCUGUGGCAAACACAUGCUCUUGGGAAACAGCAUAAAGAAGAUGUUCAUUUGCUGGCUUGGACUUUUUUCCUGCAGAAACUUUCAGAAUUAAAAGAUCUUAAACAGUCAGUACCAGGUCCCACGCCUAACACGUCAUCUUCUCUCAAAAGGAAAACUGCAGAUAUAGAAUCUCCAAAACUAAAGAAAGCAAAAGAUUUAAGUGACCAGCCACAAACAGUCACAUCUCGUCUGCCAACAGAUGUUUCUGGCAAAACAGAGCAAGCAGAUACAGAGAGACUCUCAUCAAAAAGUUCAAGCCAGAACUUAUUACUAGGAGACUCUUCAGAUGAAGAGGAGAGAGCAGAUAAAAGCAAAGACAACAGCAGCAAGCCAUCUUUGCCAUCCAUAGCCACUCCAGCCCCUCCUCACAAAGCAGAUGCUACUGUUGCUUUACCAUCUGAUUUCUUGGAUAACAAAGCGGCUACACCUCUAGUAUCCCAUUCUGGCUCUAUACAGAAAGCAGAAACACAAGAAAAGAUUGUGGAGCGGAAAGAGAACACAGCAGAGGCCUUGCCAGAGGGAUUUUUUGAUGAUCCUGAAGUGGAUGCAAAGGUGCGAAAGGUUGAUGCGCCAAAGGAUCAGAUGGACAAAGAAUGGGAUGAAUUCCAGAAAGCCAUCCGCCAAGUCAACACAAUUUCAGAAGCUAUAGUGGCUGAAGAAGAUGAGGAAGGGCGACUCGAUCGUCAGAUUGGAGAAAUUGAUGAGCAGAUUGAAUGUUUCCGCCGUGUUGAACAGUUGCGUGACCGCCAGGAAAUAAUGAAAGAUAAACUGAAGGAAGCCAUGAGACUAAGAGCCACACAGGCCAAAGAAGAUGAAGAAAUUGGUAGUGACGAUGAAGGGGAAUUGCAAGACUUGCUUUCUCAGGAUUGGAGGGCAAAAGGAACUUUAUUGUAGCUCCCUGGUAAAGGGAAGAUAACUUCCUUGAUCAUGUAUUGUCUUAUGAGACACCCUUUUGUUAAUGUAUUUAUUUCUGCAGGUGUUAAGAAUCAACUGUAAGAUAUAUUUGCAGCCUUAAGAACAGGCUAAUGUAAAAAUUGUAUAUUGUGAAAUGGGUUUAUAAAGACAAUUGUAGGUUUCCUAUUAAAAUAUCUAGAAAAUG